AAAAUUUAAUAAUAAUAUGUAAUUUAAGUAGAAUUACUCAUAAAUAUACGCUCAAAAUGGCAACUCACGAACCAAUCGUCUCUGCUUGUGCGUUUACAGUACUGAUGUUAAGACUUUGUGGUCAAAUUAACAACUAUAAAAUCGAAAAUUCCUAUCGCUUUCUUGAUAAAAUAAACAAUAAAUAAAACAACAAAUAAUAUAAAUCAAUUAUACGUGAAAGUAAUCUUUAUUAUGUUAUCGGUAUGUAUAAUAUAAAAUUUGAAAAUUAUUAUGUCGCAUGUUGAAAUUGAUUAAGGUAUGUAAAAUCCGGCAGUCACAGGUCGGAGCGCCACUAGUGUCAUGGCCUUUUCCUGUUCACGCUUAGUCCAAAGAAGACGUGAACGAAAGUUGUAUGAUAAAUCAUGGCUGAAAUGGAAACAUACGAUGAUAUAGUGGUACCUACCACAACGACAUUACCAGUGGCCCUUUCUGCAGAAUUACCUGAAAUUAAAUUAUUUGGUCGCUGGAAUUGUGAUGAUGUACAAGUAAAUGAUAUGUCUUUACAAGAUUAUAUUGCCGUUAAAGAGAAAAAUGCAAAAUAUUUACCACAUUCUGCUGGACGUUAUGCUGCAAAACGAUUUCGAAAAGCUCAAUGUCCUAUAGUCGAACGUUUGACAAACUCUUUAAUGAUGCAUGGUAGAAAUAAUGGGAAAAAAUUAAUGGCAGUAAGAAUUGUAAAACAUGCCUUUGAAAUAAUUCACCUGCUUACAGGUGAUAAUCCUCUACAGGUUCUUGUGACGGCUAUCAUCAAUUCUGGACCUAGAGAAGAUUCUACGCGUAUUGGUCGCGCUGGUACAGUUAGGAGACAGGCGGUGGACGUUUCUCCAUUACGACGAGUAAAUCAGGCUAUUUGGUUGUUAUGUACAGGUGCUAGGGAAGCCGCGUUCCGUAAUAUUAAAACCAUCGCCGAAUGUUUAGCUGAUGAACUCAUUAAUGCUGCCAAAGGUUCGUCUAACUCUUACGCGAUUAAAAAGAAAGACGAACUCGAACGUGUUGCUAAAUCUAAUCGAUAAAUAUGUUUACUCGUAUAAAAACAUAAAAAUAAUGAUCUAUCUUUAAAACGAA